GAGAAGAUCCUGGAGGCGUUCUGCAAGAACCUGCCCUAUUCUCAGUGGCCUCAGGUGGAGGAUGUGGAUUUGGAAUGGUUCGCCUCCAUUUCCCAACGCUUCAUCCUACGAGAUCUGGAUGAUACGUCACUCAUGGAGGACGGAAGGAAGAAGCUGAACACGCUGUCACAUUACAAGGUCUGUGAUGGAGCUUCGUUGGCCAUGAGCUUGAAGGACCAGAGAGAUAACACAUUGGGGCGAGCGAAAGACCUGGACACUGACAAGUACUUCCAUUUGGUUCUCCCCACUGAUGACAUACUAGAAUACAAGAAGUCCCACCGGCAGAGUCACCGCAAGAAGGUCCUACCGGAAAUCUACUUAACUCGGCUCCUUUCUACAAAGGGAACUCUACAGAAAUUCCUGGAUGACCUGUUCCGGGCUGUCCUCAGCAUCAAGGAGGACCGGCCGCCUCUCGCCAUCAAAUAUUUCUUUGACUUCUUGGAGGAGCAGGCAGAAAAACGCGGCAUCUCUGACCCGGACACACUGCACAUCUGGAAGACCAACAGUCUUCCUCUGCGUUUCUGGGUAAAUAUCCUGAAGAACCCGGAGUUUGUCUUCGAUAUGGAGAAAUCGGACCACAUGGAUGCCUGUCUGUCGGUCAUCGCUCAGGCCUUCAUAGACGCCUGCUCCAUCUCCGAUAUGCAGCUUGGAAAGGACUCCCCCACCAACAAGCUGCUGUACGCCAAGGAAAUUCCGGAGUAUCGGAAAAUCGUGCAGAAAUAUUACCAGCAGAUUAAAGACAUGAGCCCGCUGAGCGAACAGGAAAUGAACGCCCACCUCGCCGAGGAGUCGCGGAAAUACCAAAACAAAUUUAACACCAACGUCGCCGUCGCAGAGAUUUACAAAUACGCAAAAAAAUAUCGCUCGCAGAUUGUCGGCGCUCUAGAAGCCAACCCUGUCACCAGACGCGGCCAAUUACAGCACAAGUUCGAGCAAAUGAUAAUCCUGAUGGAGGACGAUAUCUACACGUGUAGCAGCGAGGCCUAG